CCGAAUUGUUUCUCAUUCGUUUCGGUGAGUUCUUCACUGUCGGAGCAAGUGAACAUAUUACGAGUAGACAAACAGGCAGCGGCAAUAGGUAGGUUGUGGAAACGUCAAAAAGUAAAGAUUGGAGAAUUGGACGAGAAUCCUCCUCGAACGUUGUCAACGAAGAACGGAAGAUCGAGCUGGCCGAGAAAGUGCAGGUUGGCUUGAUUGUAGGGUGUGCACAUCCGCGAGCAAAAUCCUUUUACCAAGCACCGAAGUGUUUCGUUGGUUGGUUGGUUGGUUGGUUGGUUGGUUGCUUGCUUGCUUGCUUGCUUGCUUGGUAGCGCAUCUUGGGAACAGGUUAGCAGCUGCGGACACCAUACGGCAGCUGCUCGUUAAAGUCGGUGGAUAUACUCUUAAGAGGACCGACAAAAUGAGGAACUCGACGUUGUUGAAGUGGGCACAAAAUUCGACGAAUAAUAAAAAUCAAACAAGUAAAAAUGGAGGAACGAGUAGAAACUGGAUACACCCACCGGACGCGCUUCAAAAAGGCCACAUCGCCUACCUAGUCAAGUAUUUGGGCAGUACAGAAGUCGAUCAACCGAAGGGAAUCGAAGUAGUGAAGGAAGCGAUCUGCAAGUUGAAAUUUAGUCAGCAAUUAAGAAAGAGUGAAGGAACUAAAACACCGAAGGUCGAACUCACAAUAAGCAUCGAUGGCGUGGCAAUUCAAGAGCCUAAAACUAAAACCUCACCGAAACGAAUCAUGCAUCAGUAUCCCUUGCAUAGAAUUUCUUAUUGCGCCGACGACAAAGGAGAAAAGAAAUUCUUUAGCUUUAUCGCAAAGGAAGAGGACGCGGAGAAACAUACCUGUUUCGUAUUCGUAAGCGAUAAGUUGGCGGAAGAGAUCACGCUUACAAUCGGUCAAGCUUUCGAUUUGGCAUACAGGCGAUUCUUAGAAACGUCUGGCAAGGAUCUCGAAACCCAAAGACGUUGCAUGGUAUUGCAACAAAAGAUCAAGAGAUUGGAGCACGAGAACAAUGUCUAUCGACAACGGUUGCAAGACAUUGCUGCUAUCAAAGGCUCAGCGGACGUGUCGACUUACCUCUUACAGCACGAUCUUCCGGAUAUCCUGCAUGUACCAGGAGCACCGAGCGAAUCUCCGCAAGUCAACGGCACUACAAACAAGUCUCCUCUCAUAGGAAUAAACAGCGACAGUAACGGAAACACAUCUAAUGGUCCCCAGCAACCACCACCUGUUCCUCCUAGGAGUUUUGAAAAAUCCUUUGAUGACGAUUUCAUGGGAAGCGAAGCAACACCAACGCCGGUUGUUGGUACUAAAUUAGAGGGUCUCCUCAUGGAUGAGUUCGAAGAGGACUUUAAUCCUCGUGCAUACGAAACGGCAGCUAACGGUCUUGUUAAUCAUCAAACGAACAACAAUCCUCUUCUCAAUGGUCAACUGUCGUCUAAUUCUAAUCUAUUUUCACAAACUAAUGGCACUGCGAGUCCGCCACCAUUAUUGGCACCGCCUCCAAAAGCUAAAGAUUCGAGACGACAGAAUGGAGUAAAAGAGGACCUUUUUGGCAGCGUGCCUUUCAAUCCUGCACCGUCUAUAAAUACAAAGAACGACUUCAAUGAUCCCUUUGAAAUGGGUGAAUUUGGUGCUACCACCAUAAACUCAAGUCCAAGCCAACAGGAAUUGGAAAAUGCCAUCGGACUUUUGGAUAAAAGAUUGCUCGAAAUGAAAGAUGGCUUCAGCAGAGGUUUAUCUAUCGGUACUGAUGAUUUUUCAUUGGAGAGUUUAGAUCCGUUAAGGAAUUAAAUCGAACGAUCAUUGAUCAUUAAUUAAAAUUUAUAAUGAAAUUGAUAUGAAGAAGACGGAAAGGAAAAAUUCUCUAUCAUGGUCUCUGUGGAGAGUAAAAAAUCUGUGUGUGAAACCAAAAUUAGUCAAUUACUGUUACUAUACGAUACUCGUAUAUUUAUGGUGAUGUUUGAUAUUUAUAUUAUAUUAUUAUAAUUAUCUAUUGAAUAACUUCUAAUACGUACGUGCAGUUUUUUCACGCUCAA